UCAAGGAGUUAUUUUAUGCUAGCUAGUCCCUGUAGACUGCACUUCCUCGUGAGGUGGACCACAGGGUAGAGAUGUCGGAUGGUUUAUGUUGGAGUACACAAUUUUGGAUGUCUCAAUGACAAUGAUGCAUAGAAGAAAUCUAAUCAUGGUUCUGCUUAACCUUGCGGUGUGCUCUACUCAUGCACUGACGGACACAGACUGCCCUGGGGGAGUGGCUCUUCUUGGAUCAGAAUACACAAUAGAAGGUGACAGAAGCAACUAUACAGGCUUUAUAUGGGUACGACCAACUGAUGGCCGGUAUGUCGUCACCUGCAACCCCAGCUGCAGCCCGGUGGCUGGGUACAGUGCAACAAUGAACGACACACACUCUACACUCACUAUACACAGUGUUGGGUUGCAAGAUGUUGGAACGUGGAGGAAUGUGGAUGCGACCAUAACUGAACCCAUCCCUGUCGACGUGUGUCAACUGACGACAGCUAGGAUCCCACAAUGUAACAUCAGCAGUGACGAGGACACUGACUCCCUGGAACCUGGAGCACAGCUGACUUUAACAGUAAACAUCACAGGCUACUACUGUUCUCGGGAGGCGGGCUUUGAUCUGACAACUGGUGCUGUGACUGAAGCGUUGACCACGAAACACAACGUCAGUGAUGUAUCAAACUCAACCCUUAACACAACCUUCAACGUAGAUAUCACCCGAUUAGGCGAUGUGUCGAUAAACUUCAUAUGUGACAGAAGUUGGACUCUUACUGGUAACGGUGUUCAGAAGCUACUGAAAACACCGCCACAGUGCAACAUCAGCAGCGACACGGACACCAACGCACUGGAACCUGGCACUAAUCUCACCCUGACAAUAGACAUCCAGAACUACUACUGUUCUCAACAAGCUGGAUUUUAUCUGACGACUGGACGCAUAAACAACGCACUCCUAGAAAACCAGACAAUGGACAAUAUCACUGAUGCUGUCCUAGCCCAGCCCUUGAAUGUCACAGCCGAUCACUUUGGAGACGUCGAUGUCAUAUUCCUGUGUGACAACAUCACCAGAACACUUAUCUGUGCCGGAGUUGACAAGUUGAGUGAAGCAGCACAGACGACAGAAACAACUCCAGUCACAGUACCCGAUGUAACGACCACCAGUGCCGACACCUCCACGGUACCAACCGAGAAACCGUCCACCUCCAAUAGACCGACGUCCGAGCCCAGCAGACCGACGUCCACGCCCAGCAGACCCACUGCUACUGAAGACACAGACACUCCAACUGAUGCUACUCUAGGCCUUGCUAUCGGACUGUCUCUGCCUGCUGCCGUCUUACUUAUACUCGCUGUCGUCUUCAUUGUCCGCUAUCGUAAUUUAAUAGGAAAAUACAUCGUCACAACACGUGAUAGUGACUUCAAACAGACCGACGUCCAUGCCCAACAGACUGACGUCCACGCCCAACAGACUGACGUCCACGCCCAACAGACCGACGUCCUCUCCCAACAGACCGACGUCCUCUCCAAACAGACCGACGUCCACGCCCAACAAACGACGUCCACGCCCAACAGACCGACGUCCACGCCCAACAGACCGACGUCCACGCCCAACAGACCGACGUCCUCUCCCAACAGACCGACGUCCUCUCCCAACAGACCAACGUCCACGCCCAACAGACCGACGUCCACGCCCAACAGACCGACGCCCACGCCCAACAGACCGACGUCCACGCCAAACAGACCGACGUCCACGCCCAACAGACCGACGUCCACGCCCAACAGACCGACGUCCACACCCAACAGACCGACGUCCACGCCCAACAGACCGACGCCCACGCCCAGCAGACCGACGUCCACGCCCAACAGACCGACGCCCACGCCCAGCAGACCCACUGCCACUGAAGACAGAGACACUCCAACUGAUGCUACUCUAGGCCUUGGCGUCUUACUUGUACUCGCUGUCGUCCUCGUUGUCCGCUAUCGUCAUGUAAUAGGAAAAUACAUCGUCACAACACGUGAAAAGGACCCUAAAUAUAUCAAAAUCAAAUUUGUAAACUAUUACUAACUGCAAAAUGUUUGAAGUCAAAUAACUGAUUCGCGAAUUAUUUUUAUUACAGACAUUUCAACUUGCUGGCUGUACGAAGUGCUUGCACGGUAAAGUUCUAAACAGUUCAGCAGCAUCAGUGGAUGAAUGAGUAAAUAUCAUUUUAAGCAGCUUUUACCAAUAGUCCAGCCACAUCACGGCGGUGACAACAGAAGCAGGAUUACCACAAAAAUACGAAUCAGGCUUUAUUAUUUUACCAGGACAGUGUGUUUUCUUUUAAGCAACUUUCAUAAACUUCCCCCCAUUAAGAAGACGCAUAUGAUAAAAAUGUGCCAGUCAUGUGUGUUUUAAAUUGCCUGAAACAAUAUAUUGUUAUUGCAGACAUAUAUACCACUAAAGGAGUUCAUGUCAUCAACAUUUGUAGGUAACUCACUGUAUUUCAUUAUGUAUAUUUUCUGAUGAAAAGCCAUUUCGAACAUUUAACAUAUAUAUUUUGUGUAUACUCAGAAACAGAUAUGCAAUUAAACUUGUUGUGUGUG